GUUAACGAUUAUUCAGGGCUGUUUUUAGUUCAUCAAAAACAAGGAGAUUAAGUGUUCAUUUUUGAUGAACUGAAAUUAUUUUUAUAAGCAACGGGCCUGAGGAUCAGAUUUUCCUACAUAUACAUGAAAUAUUAUAAGAAUAUUUUGCGAAAAUCAUUGCCGUGAAUGGACAAAAUUAUGUUCUGACGUUUUAACUUCAUCAAAAUUCAAUUACUACACGCGGGUCACUGUUUAAAAGACAGGAUGGCGUACAUGCGCCAUUAACACCUGUCAAAAUCAUGACUAAUUAAUUCAAAUUAUCAUCAAGAAAACAAUAACAACUUGUCUUGUAGUUAAAUUUAUGGCAAAGAUAUUUUCAACACAUCCGAUAGUAUCAUAUGAAGCCCUUUCGUGGUUAUUCGUAUGUAUAAACACCGGAUGGACUAUCAGAAUGAUCUUAGAUUAGAUUAAGGAAAAAAAUGAUGAGAUAGAUACAAAUACUUUGGUAACAUCAUCAACUCAGUAAACAUGGCAACUAUUGUUGCUGUAACCAUCCUACUGGCCUCAACUCUCGUUGCCAUGACGAGGGGACAGGGGACCAUGCUGACCUUCAGAAUCAAUGAGGAAGAACCAGCGGGAACUUUCGUGGGUAGCGUAGCAGAUGCCAAUCUUGAAGGGACGUCAUUUCGGUACACAAUUAUCGGCACUCAAACUGACUUUAGUCUACAGGAUCAGACUGGCAACUUGUAUACAAUGACUAAAAUCGACCGUGAUUCCAAAUGUAAAGAUGCUCAGUCCAGCACUAAUGGUGAAUGUGUCAUUGAAUUGUUAGUAGGUGCAGAGUCAGGGACUUUUUACGCAACAGUAACUGUGAAAGUGGUUAUCAAUGAUGUUAACGACAAUGCGCCUCUAUUUCCUAGUUACACACAUGAGUUAAGAAUUGUAGAAGGAACUCCAAGAUUGACAGAAUUUAGUAUACCCCGAGCUGUGGAUACUGACUACGGAAGUAAUGGAAUAACCAAGUAUGAAAUCAGUCCCUCUCAUCCAAGUUUCGGAAUUCGUGCUACCAAAAAUCUUGCUGGAAAGUUUGAUGUGUUCAUUGUAGUAUUAGAUACCAUUGACAGGGAAACAGAAGACACUUACCAGUUGGAAGUGUUUGCUAUAGAUGGUGGGGGUAGGCGUGGAGGGAUGACUGUAAAUGUUAUAGUUACUGACAUCAACGACAACGAACCUGUCUUUGAUAGGUCAAACUACACCACAACUGUGGAGGAAGGCACUGCACGAGGAACUGUCAUCUUAACCAUACAAGCCACUGACAAGGACAUUGGCGACAAUGGUAAAGUGUCGUACAAAAUUGCUGAUGGAUUUACACUAACAGAUUUUGUCUUGAAUUCUACAAGUGGAGAAAUCUAUGUGGACACUGAUGACUUGGUUUAUUAUCCUGGUGUGAGCUAUGAAUUUGUUGUUGAUGCUUAUGACCAUGGAGAAAAUUUUAAGCAAAAACAAGUGUAUGUGUACAUUAACAUCUUGGACACUGGGAAUAAUCAUCCACAGAUCACUCUGAAUGUCGGUAACAGUGGUUUCGUAAAUAUUUCUGAGAAUAAGGGCCUGAAGCAAAUGGUUGCCGCGGUAACAGUGGAAGACCCUGACACUGGUCUCAAUGGCGAGGUUACAUGCUCCACACAGGAAAGCUACUUCUCUGUGCAGAAAGUCGACAAUAGCCAGUUUAUAGUGGUAGUGAACAGCCAACUGAACCGAGAAAUCAUUGAUAUGCAUACAGUGAAUGUCACAUGUACAGAUAACGGUGAUCCUCCUCUGAGUUCCUCCAAAACGUUUCUGGUCCGAGUCACUGAUGAAAAUGACAACAUGCCUAUAUUUGAAAGUAAAAGUUACUCUGCCAAAAUUGAUGAAAAUAGACAGGAGGAACAAAUGAUUUUGAAAGUUUCGGCUACAGAUAAUGAUAUUGGGGACAACAGUAAAAUUCACUAUAAAAUUGUUGACAAUGAUAAAAUUACUGUGCAUUCAGUGACUGGCGUCAUAUCUGCCAAACCUUUCUUUGAUCGUGAAAGUACGCCAGUGAUAGUGUUUGAAGUUCUUGCUAUAGACUCGGGCGCCAAACCUCUGACUGGGACAGCCACCGUUACCCUCACAAUUGAAGAUGUAAAUGACAAUGCCCCCAAGUUCCGACAACCAUCUUACUCUCUAGAAGUUCUAGAAAAUCUGCCCUCGGGAACGUACGUAGAUCAAAUUUCGGCGACAGACCUUGACAUUGGUGUGAAUGGGAUGUUUACUUUUUCGCUUUCUUCAGAAUAUCUGGAAAGUAGGCUUCCAUUCAUAGUGUUUGAAAAUGGUGAGAUUCAGACCAACAAGGCAUUGGAUCGUGAGACCAGGAGUAGCUACAUGUUUGACGUAGUAGUUCAAGACCAGGGAUCCCCUCCACUGGACAACUCAGUGAAAGUUACUGUCAUUGUGAAAGAUGUUAAUGAUAAUAAGCCUAAUAUUACUUUCCCAAUUGAAAAUAAUAAGACUGUGUCAAUUUAUUAUCCAAACAAUGACCUUGAUGUUGUCGCACAAGUUGAGGCCUAUGAUAUUGAUGAUGGUGAAAAUAAGUUGUUGAACUACAACAUAUUGAAGGGCAAUGAUUUAGGAAUGUUCAAGAUUGAUCAGAAUACUGGAACAAUAUCCAUAGCAAAGCAUGACAUUAAAAUAGAUUCUGAUAUGGAUGUGACAUUACAGGUUGAAGUGAAUGACAAAGGAGAUCCAGUUCUAAAAUCACAUGCAGACUUGGUAGUGAGUGUUAUCUACUCCAAUGCCACAUACCAGGACUUGAGUGGUGAAAAAGACCAACUGGUUGUAAUUGUUGUUGUAGUGGUGGUUGUCACGGCAGUGUUCUCUGCUAUUAUCAUCGGUGUCAUAGUCCUUCUACGGAACUGGGACAGGAAGAAGUCACUUCCAGACUCAACUGAUAAGCCAGAGACAACUGAACAGGGUUACUCGAGCGUGGACAAGCCCUCCCUGUUUAUCCUGAACAACGCGGGUGAAUCCUCCACUGACUACCCGAGCCCGUACGCUGAGGUGACCAGGAAAAAGAAGGAAGUCAGCUUCUCCCUAGAUGAGAUGGACUCUGGCUUCCAGAACAUGCAGCUACAUGUAAAUUUGAGCCCCGAGCCCAGCAAAUAUGCUCCAGAAAAGCCUCCCCGCCAAGAGAGUCCUGACAGCACAAAGGACCUAUACGACAAGGUGACCACACGUCUUGAGACCCUCCGUUUGCAGCAGAUGUUGAUGGGGACUCGUGCCCGUCAACACCAUCCUGCCCCUCACCCUGACGACAGUCGCUCGGAGUCAUCUGGGGAGACAAGUAGCGGGGACAGUGGACGUGGUGCCAGUGAGGAGGAGGUGACAAGUGCCUCACCUUCCACAGAUGAUCAGAAGGUAUUUGACUACAUUGUGCCAUCCUCCAGUUUUUCAACGUCAUCCCAGUCUCACCGCCCCUCCCCGUCAAAGGCCGACAGUCGUAGCGUGGCACCCCCACCCAUUCCACACCGCACAUAUAGACCUUAUUCAUCAUUUAACAGAAACCAGACUUACACAGGGAACCAGGAUUACAGUUCAGACUAUGGUUCCAACUAUCAGUAUUUAAAUGACUCAAAUAAACCAUAUCGCCAUAGUGACAUAAUUGACCCCAGUGCAUUGUCAUGGCAACAUGCACAGCCUCGUUCAUAUUCUACAAAAUUGAACAGUGUUAAUAUUCAAAGUGACUUCUCCUUCUCGCCAUCUCAGUAUCGCUUACAUCCACGAGACGAUGACGACUGCUCAACGACAACGUCGGGUAGCUACACUUUACAUUCAAUCGAGGACUUACUGUGAGUUGCGAGGGAGCAUUAGGCACAAAAUGUGAUAAUGUCAUUCUUCAGAGACAACUUAAACCUGUUGUGAUGAUCUCAUAUGACUUGGAAGGUGAAAAUCUACAAAAUACCAUUUUUUGCUGAAAACCAAUAGUGCUGUUCAAGUGGUACCAAAGAUUUUACAUGGCCAUGAACUUACUUUACUGCUAGAAAAGGUUUCUGGAAGUAAUAAUGGCUGACAUGCUGUUUUAUAGCUUGGUCAACAAAUUGACAUGAAUAAGCAUAUGUUUUGAAAUGCUUCAAGUAUGGGUUAUGAAUUGUUUUGAUAGCUGCUUUUGAAAGGGUUGAAUAUCAUACAGAUGCAUAAUUUAGUCCCGACACAAACCAUAUUUCACAUUAAUACCAAAGAUUUCAGCAUUAUGUUUCAUAAUUAUAGUCAAGUUAUCUUUGUUAUAAUAAAUUACCUUUUCGGAGCUAUUGAUCUGCUAUGAAAUAUCUAAUCCAAGACAGUAAAUCAUAAAUGGCAUUAAGUUUAUCAUGUGGAAUUUUUCAAGGGGCAUUGUUGGCUUUUUUAUGUAAUCAAUUAAAAAAAAAUCUAAGAAAUAUGUGAAACAUACCAAGAUAAAAAGAUAUAGAAAUAUUAAAUUGAUUUUUGGAAUAUAAAAUAAAUAAAGAAGAUAAUGAGAAAUAGCGAUUUUUUUUAAUUGUGAGCAGGACGUCUUGAACCUGUGUUCUCUAGGUUUGCCGUAGGGUACCAUGUCCACUACAAUGUAAUAGACGGAUCUUUUAAAUGAGUUUUAUGCAACAAUUAAACACAAUUUAAAUAAUGUUGACAUUGAAAUGGAAGUUUUAGCAUUUUAAUGUUUAUUGUCAUUGUUUUGAAAACGGUUGUGCGUUGUUGAAAGAUCAUAACAAAGUUAUAAAAAAAAAUUGGGCCUUUUUUGCUAAUAGGUUGUUGGGUACAGAGAAGAUUUCGAAAGGCCUUAUUCCACUUUUUUUUUUUUGUAUGCUGACAUAUAAACAAAUGAACACACCAAAGCCGACUUAAGCCCCUUUUAAAUAUGUAAAAGGUGCUCACACUUCAUUUGACACAAACAUUCACGAUUGUAUUUUUUGUACAUGAUAAAUAAUUGAUUGUUCUGUAGAACUGCAAUAGACGGGUCUUGUUCAAAUCUAUUAUUUUGUGUUCAGUUUCUAUCAUGACAUGCACUUUUUAUACGUUUUUUGUGAUACAAACAAAAUGCUCAUUUCUGGUCCAUAAUCAUAGAUGUCAGAACUUUCACGCUCGAUUUAUUUCGAAAAUGUUUGACAAUACUCCUAAUGCUUGUGAUUGUCAUGCCAUUAUGUUGCACAAAUUUUAUCAGAUGAAAGUGAAAUUAAUAAAUCACAAAUUAAUAUUUCAUAAUAGGAUUUCAAUAAACUUGAAUCCUAUUCUAAAAAUUUGACAUCGUUGAUAUAUCAAUUGCUUUUAUUUAUUUGUUAAAUACAAUACAAAUUUUAUGACACAAAUCUUUAAUUGAUAAAUUUAAACUGCAUGUCAUUCUUGUUAUGUUAUAUUGCUAUAUUUUGUACAAA